UAACUUCAGUAAUGUUGCUGUUUGUUUCUGCUCUGUGAUGUUUCUACAUGUUCACUUCUUAUUUCAGCACAAACUUUGGAUGACUGCUGUUUAAACAUGGAUCAAUAUGAUUAUUAGGUUAUUGAUUGACUGCAAUCAGUCAAUAUUUCAAUGAGAUUGUUGAUGGACUUGAGUCAGUUUGAUGAGCUGCUGAUGUUUCUUUGUUUGUUCUCAAUCCAAACUGCAUGGUGUCUUUUUGACUUUGGGUUUGUGGGUGAGUCUCUGCAGCUCCAUGACUCCAUCUGCUGGACUGAUAGUAGAAGUGCAGCAGCUGAUCUUUUCCAGGAGGAUUUGAGUGGAUCAAUGAUGUUUGUUUCCUGUGCAGGUGAAGGUAGAAAGUGUGUGUGAGCUGCUGUGAGUUGAGCAGCAUGGAUGAGUGUGAGGACAGAGAGGAGGGAGUCCCUCCCUCUAAAAGCUCUCUGUGUGGGGAACAGGAGAACCAGAGCAAAGCUCAGAGGAAUCCACCUGGACCUGGACCUGGACAUGGACCUGGACAUGGACCUGGACAUGAACCUGGACCUGGACAUGAACCUGGACCUGCAUCCAGCUGUGUGUCCUUCAAGAGUGACUGGUCUAAGCGUCGCCUCAUUGACUUUAAAGAUCACCAACCUCCUGUUGCAAAGAAAAUCCAUCAGAGACCAGAGUCCUCUGGACCUGGACCUGCAUCCAGCUGCGUGUCCUUCAAGAGUGACUGGUCUCUGGGUCAUCUUUUUGAAUUUACAGGAGAACAAUGUCGUGCUGCAGAGGGAGUGGAGCAGCAGAACUCAGAGGUUCCCAGAGUUCAGUCUGUCCAGCAGCAUCACCUGGACUCCAUAUUCAUGCUCCUGGAGGACAACAUGGUGACUUUUGUGAAGAAGGAGCUGAAGAAGAUGCAGAAGGUUGUGAGUCCAGAUUACCCAGAAUGCUCCUCAGAGAGUCAGAGGGAGGAUGAGGAGGAGUUGGAGGGUGAUGAUGAAGAGCAGAGGAGCAGCAGAGCGAUGUUUCAGCAGAUCACAGUGUUGUUCCUGAGGAGGAUGAAGCAGGAGAAGCUGGCUGACUGUCUGCAGAGCAAACUUGCUGCGGUAGUUUGUGGACGUAAACUUAAAUGUGGUCUGAAGAAGAAGUUCCAGAGAGUGUUUGAGGGCAUCGCUAAAGCAGGACAGCAGACCCUCCUGAAUGAGAUCUACACAGAGCUGUACAUCACAGAGGGAGGGACUGCAGAGGUCAAUGAUGAACAUGAGGUCAGACAGAUUGAAGCAGCAUCCAGGAAAGCAGACAGAGCAGAAACAACCAUCAGAGCAGAAGACAUCCUGAAAGGCUCACCUGGAAGAGAUGGACCAAUCAGAACAGUGAUGACAAAGGGAGUGGCUGGCAUCGGGAAAACAGUGUUAACACAGAAGUUGACUCUGGACUGGGCUGAAGACAAAAGCAACCAGGACAUCCACUUCAUGUUUCCAUUGACUUUCAGAGAGCUGAAUGUGCUGAAAGAGAGAAAGUUCAGCUUGAUGGAACUUGUUCAUCACUUUUUCAGUGAAACCAAAGCAGCAGGAAUCUGCAGCUUUGAAUACUUCCAGGUUGUGUUGAUCUUUGAUGGUCUGGAUGAGUGUCGUCUUCCUCUGGACUUCCACAACAAUGAGAUCCUGACUGAUGUUACAGAGUCCACCUCAGUGGAUGUGCUGCUGACAAACCUGAUCAGGGGGAAGCUGCUUCCUUCUGCUCGCCUCUGGAUAACCACACGACCUGCAGCAGCCAAUCAGAUCCCUCCUGACUGUGUGGACAUGGUGACGGAGGCCAGAGGGUUCACCGACCCACAGAAGGAGGAGUACUUCAGGAAGAGAUCCAGAGAUGAGGAGCAGGCCAGCAGCAUCAUCUCCCACAUGAAGAAGUCACAAAUCCUCCACAUCAUGUGCCACAUCCCAGUGUUCUGCUGGAUCACUGCUACAGUUCUGGAGGAGCUGCUGAGAACCAGAGAGGGAGGAGAUCUGCCCAGAACCCUGACUGAGAUGUUCAUCCACCACCUGGUGGUUCAGGCCAAAGUCAAGAAGGUCAAGUAUGAUGGAGGAGCUGAGACAGAUCCACACUGGAGUCCAGACAGCAGGAGGAUGAUUGAGUCUCUGGGAAAACUGGCUUUUAAUCAGCUGCAGAGAGGAAACCUGAUCUUCUAUGAGUCCGACCUGACAGAGUGUGGCAUCGAUCUGGAAGCAGCCUCAGUGUACUCAGGAGUGUUCACACAGAUCUUUAAAGAGGAGAGAGGACUGUACCAGGACAAGGUGUUCUGCUUCAUCCAUCUGAGUGUUCAGGAGUUUCUGGCUGCUCUUCAUGUCCAUCAGACCUUCAUCAACUCUGGAAUCAACCUGCUGGGAGAACAACAAACAACAUACCAUUGGUCUGAAAUAUUCCAAAGUAAAUCAUCACGUUUCUACCAGAGAGCUGUGGACGAGGCCUUACAGAGUCCAAACGGACACCUGGACUUGUUCCUGCGCUUCCUCCUGGGUCUGUCACUGCCGACCAAUCAGAAUCUCCUACAGGGCCUGCUGACACAGACAGGAAGUAGCUCACAGACCAAUCAGGAAACAAUGAAGUACAUCAAGGAGAAGAUAAGUGAGAAUGUGUCUGCAGAGAGAAGCAUCAAUCUGUUCCACUGUCUGAAUGAACUGAAGGAUGUUUCUCUAGUGGAGGAGAUCCAACAGUCCCUGAGAUCAGGACGUCUGUCCACAGAUGAACUGUUUCCUGCUCAGUGGUCAGCUCUGGGCUUCAUCUUACUGUCAUCAGAAGAACAUCUGGACGUGUUUGACCUGAAGAAAUACUCUGCUUCAGAGGAGGUUCUUCUGAGGCUGCUGCCAGUGGUCAAAGCCUCCAAGAAAGUUGUACUGAGUGGCUGUAAUCUGUCAGAGAGAAGCUGUGGAGCUCUGUCCUCAGUCCUCAGCUCCCAGUCCUCCAGUGUGACAGAGCUGGACCUGACUAACAACAACCUGCAGGAUUCAGGAGUGGAGAGUCUUUCUGCUGGACUGGAGAGUCCACACUGUAAACUGGAAGCUCUCAGGCUGUCAGGCUGUCUGGUCACAGAGGAAGGUUGUGCUUCUCUGGCCUCAGCUCUGAGCUUCAAGACCUCAAAUCUGAGAGAGCUGGACCUGAGCUACAACCAUCCAGGAGACUCAGGAGAGAAGAUGCUGAGAGCUAAAGUGGAGGAUCCAGACUGUAGACUGGAAACUCUCAGGGUGACGCCUGCUGGAGUCCGAUGGUUGACACCAGGUCUGAGGAAGUAUUCCUGUCAACUCACAGUCGACACAAACACAGUAAACAGAAACCUCAAACUGUCUGACAACAACAGGAAGGUGACAUGGGUGGAGGAGGAUCAGUCGUAUCCUGAUCAUCCAGACAGGUUUGAAUACUGGCCACAGCUGCUGUGUAGAACUGGUCUGACUGGUCGCUGUUACUGGGAGGUCGACUGGAGAGGAGAGGUUGAUAUAUCAGUGAGUUACAGAGGAAUCAGAAGGAAAGAUGACAGUAAUGACUGUCUGUUUGGAUAUAAUGAUCAGUCCUGGAGUCUGAGCUGCUCUGAUGAUGGUUCCUCUGUCUGGCACAAUAAGAGUCCAACAUUCAUCAGUUCCUUCUCAUUCUCUGACAGAGUUUCAGUUUAUGUGGACGUUCCUGCUGGAACUCUGUCUUUCUACAGAGUCUCCUCUGACUCUCUGAUCCACCUCCACACCUUCAACACCACAUUCACUCAACCUCUCUAUCCUGGAUUUGGGUUCUUCUCGGUUGGUUCCUCAGUGUUUCUGUGCCGAGUUGAGUCUCCAGAGUCUCCUCCUAGUAGAGAAACAGUGUUGAACAGAUAGUUGAGUCUCUCCAUGACUCUGUCCCUCAGAAACAUGUUUUCACAUUCAUGGAUUAAAUGUGUUUCUUUGUGAAAUCCUUCUAAAUGAUUCCUUGUAAACUUGUUCCUCUUCAAAGAUGGAAGUUGUGAUUAUUCCAGGAGCCAAAUGUGGUGUUUGCGUCUUUUUCCAGUCAAAUGUUGAGAGUGAAAAUCAGGAUGUGGUGUUUCCUCUGAUGCUCACUUGAACUAAAAGCAUUUGAGCUGCACAAAGUGUGAAAUGAGAGAGGAAGCAGUGAAUCUACAAACUGCUGACAGACUUUCACACAUUAUUGUCCAGUGAAAAUCAGGUUUUUGUGCAGCCAGACUUGAUCCUGAUUUGAGUGUUUCAGUCCUGUUCUAGUGAUGAAAUGAGAACUUCCUUCAUCUUGUGUGUGAUGGAGAAGAAUAAAGGGCUGUGGCUAAAAA